CAUUAUUAUUAUUAUUAUUAUUAUAUAUAUAUAUAUUCAUAUUAAGACCAAAACUCAUGUACAACAAGUUCCUUACUUGAUCUAAUUACUCUUCAAUCAUUUAAUGAAUUAAUGAGGAUGUUGAAGAGCUGCUGAUGUAACUAAAUAAUUCCCAAUGUGGGAUCAAUAACAUUUAACGUGUUAAUACUUCAUUGCUUGUUUGUUUGUUUGUUCACAGCAUGUAAAGCAGCCUUGGGUCCCUUGAAAGGUGCUAUAAAAAUCUCCGGAGGAUUUACCGGAGAACCGGGAGUGUUUAGCGACCUCAGGAGACACCGGGACACCGGGGGAAGACACACGGACACCGGGGGGAGAGACCAAGAUGGCUGGAUCCGGGAAAACAACCUUCGUUCAGAAACCAAAAGGAAGAGAGAGACGUCACAGCUGUCAGCAAUGUCACAAAUCCUUUACAACAUCUGGAACUUUAAAGAGCCACUUGCAUAUUCAUACUGGAGAAAAACCGUACAGCUGUGAAGAGUGUGGGAAAACAUUCACUCAAUCAGGUGCUCUCCAAACACAUCAACGUAUUCACACUGGAGAAAAACCGUACAGCUGUGAAGAGUGUGGGAACAUGUUCACUACAUCAGGUGCUCUCAAAACACAUCAACAUAUUCAUACUGGAGAGAAACCGUACUGCUGUAAAGAGUGUGGGAACAUGUUCACUACAUCAGGUGCUCUCAAAACACAUCAACGUAUUCACACUGGAGAAAAACCGUACAGCUGUGAAGAGUGUGGGAAAACAUUCACUACAUCAAGUAAUCUCAAAAAACAUCAACGUAUUCACACUGGAGAAAAACCGUACAUCUGCGAAAAGUGUGGGAAAACAUUCAUUAGAUCAGAAGCUCUAAAAAUACAUCAUCGUAUUCACACUGGAGAAAAACCGUACUGGUGUGAAGAUUGUGGGAAAAUGUUCAAAACAUCAGGUGAACUCAAAAUCCAUUAUCGUUUUCACACAGGAGAGAAACCGUACUGGUGUGAAGAGUGUGGAAAUACGUUCACUACAUCGAGUGCUCUCAAAUCACAUCUUCGUGUUCACCCAAGAGAAAAACCAUAGUGGUUUUAAGCCGAAUAGGUUCCAGGAUAAGAGAUCAACUCAGCGAAAGCACCACGCCUGCUGACCAAUCAGAGCUCAGUGUGCGGAGGAAAUACAGUUUAAACUGCCAUUGCAGGAAAGACGGCCGGCAAAAAUCACAGACUGUGAACGUGAAAAUUAAUAGAAUAUCACCUCCAUCUUCAGAGCAAUCUGACUAUUAUAACAUUAGCUUUAAGAAAUCUUACUUAAAUAUCUGCCACAACAUAUGUAACCGGAUCAAAGUAACAUUACGUACAGUCCGCGGCACUGUGAGUGCAGACAUCGAUGUGUCCCAUUAUCAUUCAUAUCACAUCAUAAUGUAUCAUAUAUUUACUUAUCUGUGACAGCUAUUGAGCCGUAUCUGACACUUACAUUGUCACAUACUGUAGGCAGAAGUAUUAUUAUUUAAAGCAACACAUUAAAGGUGGGGUAGGUAAUUUUGGAGAAACCAGCUCGAGUGCGCUAGAAUUUGAAUACAUUGAUAAAAUAAAACCCACGUCAUUAUUUGUUCAAGACAGCUUUAUUUGAAGUCAUACAUAACAAUACUGUGCCAAAGUAACCUGCUUACCCUCUCGUUCAAGGUUGUGAAAUCCAAACAGAGCAACAGAAAACUGCAGCCUUAAGUAGAGGCUCAAUCAGUGGAAACACCUGUGCUCAAUUGGAGCAUACCAUGUAGUGCAUGGGCACGGGUGACAAUUUUCUUCCAAGUGUAAAAGUGUUAUUGUUUAAGGCUUCUGUGGUCAGAAAUGUAGAACAUGUUGACCUAUUUGAUUUAUUGUGUUUAAUUAGUUUGAACUACAUUUUGAAUAUGUUUGUAGAUAAGAAUAACAGUAAUUAAGGGUAUAAAUAGUUGAUUGUCCUAUGGGGAGGGGCUUAACAUAUAUAAACCUCUGGCCACAAGUGUUUUGAGGUUAGUCUGACUGUGGCUGUAGAGCAGAGAGGUACCAGUUAUAUUUCUUCGACCUGUACAUAUAUAUUGAGGUUUGUUUUCUUUCUGUAGAUGCUUGUUAUUUUGUGUUCUUUCAGCAUUUGGCUGUUAAUAAAAGCACCUAAGGAUA